AUGAUAAAUAAAGAAUCAACGGAAACAUCAACGUCAUCAUCGAAGGAAGCAUCGAAGGAAGCCUUAACGGAAACAUCAACGGAACUUCAAGCAUCGAAUGGAACCUUAACAGAAACAUCAACAGAAGCAUCAACAGAAGCAUCAACAGAAGCAUCGAAGGAAGCAUGUGAAAAAACAUCCAAGGAGGCAUCGAAGGAAGCCUUAACGGAAACAUCAACUGAAUCAUCAAAGGAGGCAUCAAAGGUUACAUCAACAGAAGCAUCAAAUAAAACAUCGUAUGAAACCUUAACGGAAAUGUUAACAAAAGCUUCGAAGGAAGCAUCAAAGGAAGCCUUAACUGAAACAAUAACGAAAGCAUCAAAGGAAGCGUCGAAAGAAGCCUUAACUGAAACAUUAACAGAAAAAUCAAAGGAAGCAUCAAAGAAAGCUUCAACGGACACAUCAACGGAAGCAUCAAAGGAAGCAUCAAUGGAAGACUUAACAGAAACAUCAACGGAAGCAUCAGAGGAAGCAUCGAAUGAAGGCUUAACGGAAACAUCAACGGAAGCAUCAGAUGAAGCAUCGAAGGAAGCCUUAACGGACACGUCAACGGAAGCAUCAAAGGAAGCAUCAAUGGAAGGCUUAACGGUCACAUCAACGGAAGCGUCAGAUGAAGCAUCGAAGGAAGGCUUAACGGAAACUUUAACGAAAGCAUCAAAGGAAGCGUCGAAAGAAGCCUUAACUGAAACAUUAACAGAAAAUUCAAAGGAAGCAUCAAAGAAAGCCUUAACGGACACAUCAACGGAAGCAUCAAAGGAAGCCUUAACGGACACAUCAACGGACGCAUCGAGGGAAGCAUCAAUGGAAGGCUCAACGGAAACAUCAACGGAAGAAGCAGAGGAAGCAUCGAAGGAAGGCUUAACGGAAACAUUAACGGAAGCAUCAGAGGUAGCAUCGAAGGAAGCCUUAACGGACACAUUAACGGAAGCAUCAAAGGAAGCAUCAAUGGAAGGCUUAACGGAAACAUCAACGGAAGCAUCAGAGGAAGCAUCGAAGGAAGCCUUAACGGAAACAUCAACGGAAGCAUCGAAGGAAGCCUUAUCGGAAACAUCGACGGAAGCAUCAACGGACGCAUCAACAAAAACAUCAACAAAAGCAUUAAAUAAAGCACCAACAGAAGCAUCACAGGAAGCAUCGACGGAAGCUUCAAUGGAAACAACAAAUGAAACCUUAACGGGAACAUCAUCAGAAGGAUCAAAGGAAGCCUUAACGGAAACAACAAAGGAAAAAUCAAAGGAAGCAUCGAAGGAAGCACCAAAGGAAGCAUCGAAGGAAUCCUUAACGGAAAAAUCAACGGAAACAUCAACAGAAUCAUCAACAGAAUCAUCAACAGACGCAUCAAUGGAAACAUCAAAGGAAGCUUCAACGGAAGCAUCAACGGACGCAUCAACAAAAACAUCAACUAAAGCAUUAAAUAAAGCACCAACAGAAGCAUCACAGGAAGCAUCGACGGAAGCUUCAAUGGAAGCAUCAAAUAAAACCUUAACGGGAUCAUCAACAGAAGCAUCAAAGGAAGCCUUAACAGAAACAACAAAGGAAAAAUCAAAGGAAGCAUCGAAGGAAGCAUCAACGGAAGCAUCAAAGGAAGCAUCAAAGGAAGCUUCUAAGGAAGCAUCGAAGGAAGCUUCAAUGGAAAUAUCAACGGAAGCAUCAAUGGAACCAUCAACGAAAGCAUCAAAAGAAGCCUUAACGGAAACAUCGACGGAAGCAUCAAUGGAAGCAAUGAAGAAAGCACCAACGAAAGCAUCAAAUCUAAAAGGAAUAAAAGUGAUCCCUGAUGCGCAAAGACAAACGACGGAAACAAAAAUCAGAUUAGAUGAACCUGAACAUACAAUUCAACUAAUGAAGACGGAAAUUGAAGAAAAAGAACGAAAAAUAAAUCGACUGGACACCAAACUGUCAGAAUUAACCAGAAAAAAUAAAGAGUUGGUGACAUUAAUUGAAACAGAUUGUAGAAAAUUUGACACUUUACAAAGAAAAACGAAUAGUAUUGAGAAAGAAAGAGAUGAAUUACAGCUAAGGAUUGAUUCGUGGUUUUCACAGAAGAACUCGACAGUGAAAAUUCAGAUGUACGCAGCUGUUAAAAAAGAACUAUGUGAUCAGAUGAUGACCGAGUUGGAAGGAAUGUUACGUACACAAUUGGAAUUAAAGCACAUUCCAAUAAAUGUUGAAAAACAUAAAGAACCUCCUCCAGACAGUACAGUUCCUUUAAUAAUCAUGUGUUUCAAUGCUUCCCGUCUUGGUUCCGAUGUGAAUUACGCUAUAGAUAAUAUUGAUCGUUCCAGAACUAUAGCUGUAGUAGUACUACACCACAAAGAAAACCACGCCUUACCUAAACAGCCAAGUGAGAAGUUACUGAUAGGGAGUGACUAUAAACAUAUUGGAGCUAUAAUAGACAUUGCUUACCUAAGUCAUAAGGGAAUAUAUCCUUGUAAUAUGAAUGUAAACUCAUUAGAUAGACUAGUCAACUUCAUAACAGCUAAUUCAUAA